GUCUACUUCUGGGGACAGGCGGGAUCAGCUGUGGGCGAGCAGGUGUCGUCAAGUACCCCAAGGAUGCUCAAGAAGGCCAUGGGCCGGCAGGUGCGGGACGUGGCCUGCGGGCUCGUACACUCGGCCAUGGUGAUGGGGAGCGGGGAAGUGCUGUGCUGGGGAGAGAACAAGUACGGGCAGUGCGGGACUGGGACGCAGGAGCAGACGGAGCACCCGACCUUCGUCGGCUCGCUCUUCGGAGUCGCGUGCAUGUCCGUGUCCUGCGGGGGAGCACACACGGUGGUGGUCAGCGAGGACGGGAGGGUCUUUUCGUGGGGGCUGGGAGCCAACGGGCAGCUCGGGCAUGGGAGCAGAGACAACUUGACGACCCCCAGCGUCGUGCAGGCGAUGAGAGGAAGGGACGUGCUGGCGGUCACGUGCGGUGUCGGGCAUACGGUCAUUGUGCUUGCUGGGGGGGAGCUGUACACGUGCGGAUGGAACAAAAAUGGACAAUGUGGAGUAGGGAGCACGAGCGACCUCCUCUCACCCCAAUGCGUCGAAAGUCUGCGGGGUGAAGGGGUACAGCAUGCUUCCUGCGGGGCAGGACACACAGCAGUCGUGACAGGAGGAGGGGAGGUGUUCACCUUCGGCUCCGGCAGCUGCGGACAACUCGGCCAUGGCGACUGUCAGGACUUGUCCAUGCCCAGGAGAGUUGGGGCCCUGGUGGGGAUCGUGAUGUCCAUGGUGGCAUGCGGGGAGGAGUACACCGUCUGCGCUGCCUUCGAUCAUAGGGUGUUCGGCUUCGGGCUGAACAACGUCGGUCAGCUGGGGGCCAGCUCGACGUCCCAUCCCUACCUGAGCGAGCCAAGGCAGAUGGAGUUCCUCAAGGAGGAGGAGGUGGAGCUGUGCAAAUGCAAUCAGAGCGAAGUGAUCGCGCUGACGAGGAGAGGAGCACUGAGAGCGUGGGGG